AUGCAACCCCAAGUUGAGCAGCAGCUGGCCUACCUACUCUUGAUUGAGUUGCUUGCGCAUCAGUUUGCGUCCCCAGUCCAAUGGAUCGCAACCCAGGAUGCCCUGCUUAAGGAAUUCAAUGUCGAACGCUUCGUCGAGAUUGGCCCGGCGGACGUCCUCACUGGCAUGCUGGAAAAGACCGUGACUCGCCACUUCAAGUCCCAGGAUGCUGCCCGCCAUAUGACGCGACGCUUUCUCUCGUAUGCCCGCAAUUCCCAGGAGAUCCAGUAUAUCCUCCAGGAGGCCGCGCAGACAGUGCAGGCAGCAGUGAAGCCCCCGACGGAGGCCCCUGUCGUUCAAGCCCCUGUCGUUCAAGCGGCGGCGGCCUCGGACCAAGUCAAGGCUGCGCCCAUCCCCGACGCCCCCGUGGAGGCAAAGGAGAUCCUGGUCGCCAUUGUCGCAGGCAAGCUGCGAAAGAGCCAUGGUGAACUGGCGACAGAGAAGUCCAUCAAGGCUCUCUCCAACGGGCGAUCCACGCUGGAGAACGAGAUUGUCGGCGACCUCGACGCCGAGUUCGGCUCCCUUCCCGAGAAGCCAGAGGAUCUGGGCCUCAACGAGCUGGCCAGCACUCUGCAGGCCGGCGCAUCCUUCACCGGCCAGCUGCGCAAGAUCUCGACGGCGCUGGUCUCCAAGGUGUUUGCGCAGAAGCUGCCUGCCGGCUUCUCCAGCGGCGAUGCGCGGGCUCAUCUGCAGUCUCGAUGGGGCCUGGGAGCAGGACGCCAGGACGCCGUCUUCCUCCGUGCCAGCACCACCCAUGCCUCCUCUUCACGAUUAGCCAGCCCCGAGGAGGCCAAGGCGUUCUUCGACGGUAUCGUCCAACAGUACGGCGCCGACCACGGCCUCAACUUCUCGGCGGCGGCGGCGGCGGCGGCGGCAGCGUCCACGGCGGGCGCCGUCUCGGCCCCGGUAGACAGCGCGGCGCUCAACGCGGUGGUCAAGGACCAGGACACGCUCAAGCGGUCGCUGAUGGAGGCGUACGCCCGGCUCCUGGGCAAGGACCUGGGCCAGGACGCCCAGGAGGCCCUGAAGGCCCGGCGGGCCACCGCCGAGCUGCAGCAGCAGCUGGACGGCAUCACGGCCGAGGUGGGCGACUUCUUCCUGACGGGCAUCCGUCCCAUCUGGGCGGCCCCCAAGCUCCGGCGCUUCCACUCGAGCUGGAACUGGGGCCUGCAGGACACGCUGGACAUCUUCCACCGGGCUCUGCGCGGCGAGCACUUGUCCGAGGCCGAGUUCGCCCGGCACAGCAACGCCAUCGCCAACCGAUCCAGCCCUCGCCUGGUGGACAUGAUGAAGUACCUCCUCGCCAGCAGCCCCUAUCCUCCGCGCGGCACCGCCCCGGGCUCCCGGUUCACCGCCGAGGCCAAGGACAUGGUGCGCCGCCUGCUGGAACGCUGCGAGACCGCCGCCCGGCAGCCUUGCUUUGAGCCGCUGGCGGCCAACCGCGCGGCCUUUCUGCAGGGCCCCAGCACGACGGUCGACGAGCAGGGCCACAUCCAGUACCGCGAGGUGCCCCGGGGCGGGCCCGGCGGGGGCUCCAGCCCCGGGAUGGCCCCCAUCACGAUCAAAACCCGGCACCAGGACCAGUCGGAGGCGUGGCAGGCCAACGCGGCGCUGACCACGCUGUACCGCGACGCGGUGCAGGCGUCGUGGAGCGAGGGGGUCACCUUUGCCCACAAGUACGUGCUGAUGACGGGGGUCAGCAUGGGCUCGAUCAACGCGGAGAUCCUCAAGGGCCUCCUGGGCGGCGGCGCCCGCGUGGUGGUGACGACCAGCAGCUAUUCCUCGGCGACAACGCGCUUCUACCAGAGCCUGUACGUCGCACAUGGGGCCCGCGGGUCGGAACUUAUCGUCGCGCCGUUCAACCAGGGCAGCCAGCAGGACAUCGACGGCCUGGUGAAGUACAUCUUCGGCUCCUCCGGAGGCGAGGGCGGGCUGGGCUGGGAUCUGGACCAUGUCAUCCCCUUUGCCGCCAUCUCCGAGUCCGGGCGGGAGAUCGACAACAUCGACUCGCGGUCGGAACUUGCGCACCGGAUCAUGUUGACCAACACGCUGCGGCUGCUGGGCGCCAUCAAGCAGCAGAAACACGCCCGCGGGUACCGCACGCGGCCGACGCAGGUCAUCCUGCCGCUGUCGCCCAACCACGGCGGCUUCGGCAACGACGGCCUGUACGGCGAGUCCAAGAUCGCGCUCGAGGCCCUGUUCGACAAGUGGCACUCGGAGAGCUGGGCGCCGUACCUGUCCGUCUGCGGCGCCGUCAUCGGCUGGACGCGCGGCACGGGGCUCAUGGCCGACAACAACAUCGUCGCCGCCGGCAUCGAGCGCCACGGCGUGCUGACCUUUUCCACCGCCGAGAUGGCCGCCUACAUCCUGGUGCUGAUGACCCGGAAGUUAGCCGGCCAGUGCAGCCUGCGCCCGCUGUACGCCGACCUGACCGGCGGCCUCAACGCCCUCCCUAACCUCCGCGCCACCCUGGACCAGGUCCGCCGCGAGAUCGUCGACCAGAGCACCCUGCGCACCCACCUGGCACGGGAGAAAGAGGCGGAACAACGCCUGUUGGGGGCUGCCGCCCCCGGAGCAGCACCAGCAGCAGCAGCAGGAGCAGGAGCAAGGCUGGCCAACAUCCCGUUCACCUUCCCGCAGCUGCCCGCCGAGGCCGAGCUGCAGCCCCUGCGCGAGACCCUGCUGGGGAUGGCCGAUCUGGACCGGGUCGUGGUGGUCUCGGGCUUCUCCGAGGUUGGGCCCUUUGGCAAUGCCCGCACGCGGUGGCAGAUGGAGGCGACCGGCCGCCUCUCGCUGGAGGGCUGCAUCGAGAUGGCCUGGAUGAUGGGCCUCAUCAAGCACCGCAACUCCGACGCCUACACCGGCUGGAUCGACGCAGCGACGCAGCAGCCCGUGCAGGAUCUCGACGUCAAGGCCCGCUACGAGGAGCACAUCCUCGCCCACACGGGCAUCCGCCUGGUGGAAUCCGCCAUGGAUCCCCAGGAGCCCGACGGCCGCCGCCGUAUCCUGCAGGAGAUCGUGCUCGAGGAGGACCUGCCGCCGCUGGAGGUCUCGCCGGAGGUUGCCCAGCAGCUGGUCAACGAGCACGGCGAAGCCCUGGUGGACGUAUCACCGCAGGGAGGCGCCGGCGGAGGCAGUCAGUACACGGUGAAGAUCAAGAAAGGCGCCGUCUUGAUGAUCCCCAAGUCCCUCCAGUACGACCACGCCGUCGCCGGGCAGGUCCCCACGGGCUGGGAUGCCCGCACGUACGGCAUCCCCGACGACAUUGCGGCCUCGGUCAGCCGGGCGACGCUGUUCACGCUGGUCAGCGCCGUCGAGGCCCUGAUUGCCUCGGGCAUCACCGACCCCUACGAGCUGUACCAGUACAUCCACGUCUCGGAGUUUGGCAACUGCAUUGGCUCCGGGCUCGGGGGCGUGAUGGCGCUGAAGAAGCUGUUCAAGGACCGGUACCUCGACCAGGAGGAGGUGCAAAAGGACAUUUUGCAGGAAACGUUCAUCAACACCGCCGCCGCCUGGGUCAACAUGUUGCUGCUGGCCUCGUCCGGGCCCAUCCGGACCGCCGUCGGCGCCUGUGCCACCGCCGUCGAGUCGCUGGAGACGGGCUACGAGACCAUCGCCACCGGCCGGGCCAAGAUCUGCCUCGUCGGCGGCUACGACGACAUGAACCAGGCCGUCGCGGAGGAGUUUGCCAACAUGAAGGCGACCACCGACGCCCGCGCCGAGGCCCUCAAGGGCCGUCUGCCGCACGAGAUGUCGCGGCCCUCGGCGGAGAGCCGCAGCGGCUUCGUCGAGUCGCAGGGCAGCGGCGUCCAGGUCGUCACUUCGGCGCGGCUGGCGCUCGACCUGGGCCUGCCCAUCCACGGCGUCGUCGCCUGGGUGGGCACCGCCAGCGACAAGACGGGGCGCUCCGUGCCGGCGCCGGGCCAGGGCAUCCUCACCAACGCCCGCGAGACGCCGCUGGGGCGGUUCCCCUCGCCCUGGCUGGAUGUGCGGUACCGCCAGCGUCGUCUGGCGGCCCGCCUGGCGCAGAUCAACGAGUCGCUCGAGCUGGAGCUGCAGAUGACGCGCGACAGCGUCUCGGAGGAGGGCAUCCUGGACCGCAUCGCCGAGUAUCAGCACCAGCAGCUCUUCCUCGAGAAGGAGGCCGCCCGCCAGCGCAAGGAAGCCCUCAACACGUUUGGCAACGACUUUUGGAAGAACGAGACCUCCAUCUCGCCCAUCCGGGGUGCUCUGGCGGUGUUUGGUCUGGGAAUCGACGACCUCGACUUUGUCACUCUCCACGGAACCAGCACGGUGAUGAACGACAAGAACGAGCCGGCCGUGCUGGAGGCCCAGAUGAAGCACCUGGGCCGCUCGCCGGGCAACCCGCUGUUCGCCAUCUCGCAGAAAUACCUCACCGGCCAUCCCAAGGGCGCCGCCGGGGCGUGGAUGCUCAACGGCGGCCUGCAGGUGCUCGACACGGGCCUCGUCCCCGGCAACCGCAAUCUCGACAACGUGGACCGCCAUCUGGAGCAGAACGAGUACAUCAUGUAUCCGAACCGCAGCAUCCAGACCAGCGGGCUCAAGGCCUUCUCCCUGACCUCCUUUGGCUUCGGCCAGAAGGGCGCGCAGGCCAUCGUCGUCCAUCCGCGGUACCUGUACGCCAUGCUCGACCAGGCCGACUUCACCGACUACCAGGCCAGACGCAACACGCGGUACCGCAAGGCAUUCCGCUUCUUCCACCAUGGCCUGGCCACGAACGCCAUGUUUGUCACAAAGUCCGAUUCGCCUUACCGGCCGGAGCAGCAGAACGCGGUGCUCCUGGAUCCUACCGCCAGGGCGACGGCAAGCAAGGGAUCUCUUUAUUCAUUCUAG